AUGUGUUGUUGCGGUGCAGCAGAGGCAGUGGGUACAGAGGUGGGUACAGAGGUGGGUACAGAGGUGGGUACAGAGGUGGGUACAGUGGUGGGUACAGAGGUGGGUACAGAGGUGGGUACAGAGGUGGGUACAGAGGUGGGUACAGAGGUGGGUACAGAGGUGGGUACAGAGGUGGGUACAGUGGUGGGUACAGAGGUGGGUACAGAGGUGGGUACAGAGGUGGGUACAGCGGUGGGUACAGAGGUGGGUACAGAGGUGGGUACAGAGGUGGGUACAGCGGUGGGUACAGCGGUGGGUACAGAGGUGGGUACAGAGGUGGGUACAGAGGUGGGUACAGAGGUGGGUACAGAGGCAGUGGGUACAGAGGUGGGUACAGAGGUGGGUACAGAGGUGGGUACAGUGGUGGGUACAGAGGUGGGUACAGAGGUGGGUACAGAGGUGGGUACAGAGGUGGGUACAGAGGUGGGUACAGCGGUGGGUACAGAGGUGGGUACAGAGGUGGGUACAGAGGUGGGUACAGCGGUGGGUACAGCGGUGGGUACAGAGGUGGGUACAGAGGUGGGUACAGAGGUGGGUACAGAGGUGGGUACAGAGGCAGUGGGUACAGAGGUGGGUACAGAGGUGGGUACAGAGGUGGGUACAGAGGUGGGUACAGAGGUGGGUACAGCGGUGGGUACAGAGGUGGGUACAGAGGUGGGUACAGAGGUGGGUACAGCAGUGGGUACAGCAGUGGGUACAGAGGUGGGUACAGAGGUGGGUACAGAGGUGGGUACAGUGGUGGGUACAGAGGUGGGUACAGAGGUGGGUACAGAGGUGGGUACAGCGGUGGGUACAGAGGUGGGUACAGAGGUGGGUACAGAGGUGGGUACAGUGGUGGGUACAGAGGUGGGUACAGAGGUGGGUACAGUGGUGGGUACAGAGGUGGGUACAGAGGUGGGUACAGAGGCAGUGGGUACAGUGGUGGGUACAGAGGUGGGUGCAGAGGUGGGUACAGAGGUGGGUACAGAGGUGGGUACAGAGGUGGGUACAGAGGCAGUGGGUACAGAGGUGGGUACAGAGGUGGGUACAGAGGUGGGUACAGAGGUGGGUACAGCGGUGGGUACAGAGGUGGGUACAGAGGUGGGUACAGAGGUGGGUACAGAGGCAGUGGGUACAGAGGUGGGUACAGUGGUGGGUACAGAGGUGGGUACAGAGGUGGGUACAGUGGUGGGUACAGAGGUGGGUACAGAGGUGGGUACAGAGGUGGGUACAGUGGUGGGUACAGAGGUGGGUACAGAGGUGGGUACAGAGGUGGGUACAGAGGUGGGUACAGAGGUGGGUACAGUGGUGGGUACAGAGGUGGGUACAGAGGUGGGUACAGAGGUGGGUACAGAGGUGGGUACAGAGGUGGGUACAGCGGUGUGUUCAGAGGUGGGUACAGAGGUGGGUACAGAGGUGGGUACAGAGGUGGGUACAGAGGUGGGUACAGAGGUGGGUACAGCGGUGGGUACAGAGGUGGGUACAGAGGUGGGUACAGUGGUGGGUACAGAGGUGGGUACAGAGGUGGGUACAGAGGUGGGUACAGAGGUGGGUACAGUGGUGGGUACAGAGGUGGGUACAGAGGUGGGUACAGAGGUGGGUACAGUGGUGGGUACAGAGGUGGGGUACAGAGAUAGGUACAGAGGUGGGUACAGAGGUGGGUACAGAGGUGGGUACAGUGGUGGGUACAGAGGUGGGUACAGAGGUGGGUACAGAGGUGGGUACAGAGGUUGGUACAGAGGUGGGUACAGAGGUGGGUACAGCAGUGGGUACAGAGGUGGGUACAGAGGUGGGUACAGUGGUGGGUACAGCGGUGGGUACAGAGGUGGGUACAGCGGUGGGUACAGAGGUGGGUACAGUGGUGGGUACAGAGGUGGGUACAGAGGUGGGUACAGAAGUGGGUACAGCGGUGGGUACAGAGGUGGGUACAGAGGUGGGUACAGAGGUGGGUACAGCGGUGGGUACAGAGGUGGGUACAGAGGUGGGUACAGAGGUGGGUACAGAGGCAGUGGGUACAGUGGUGGGUACAGAGGUGGGUACAGAGGUGGGUACAGAGGUGGGUACAGAGGUGGGUACAGCGGUGGGUACAGAGGUGGGUACAGAGGUGGGUACAGAGGUGGGUACAGAGGUGGGUACAAAGGUGGGUACAGUGGUGGGUACAGAGGUGGGUACAGAGGUGGGUACAGAGGUGGGUACAGUGGUGGGUACAGAGGUGGGUACAGUGGUGGGUACAAUGAGGUGGGUACAGAGGUGGGUACAGUGGUGGGUACAGAGGUGGGUACAGAGAUAGGUACAGAGGUGGGUACAGAGGUGGGUACAGAGGUGGGUACAGUGGUGGGUACAGUGGUGGGUACAGAGGUUGGUACAGAGGUGGGCACAGAGGUGGGUACAGAGGUGGGUACAGCAGUGGGUACAGAGGUGGGUACAGAGGUGGGUACAGUGGUGGGUACAGCGGUGGGUACAGAGGUGGGUACAGCGGUGGGUACAGAGGUGGGUACAGUGGUGGGUACAGAGGUGGGUACAGAGGUGGGUACAGAAGUGGGUACAGCGGUGGGUACAGAGGUGGGUACAGAGGUGGGUACAGAGGUGGGUACAGCGGUGGGUACAGAGGUGGGUACAGAGGUGGGUACAGAGGUGGGUACAGAGGCAGUGGGUACAGUGGUGGGUACAGAGGUGGGUACAGAGGUGGGUACAGAGGUGGGUACAGAGGUGGGUACAGCGGUGGGUACAGAGGUGGGUACAGAGGUGGGUACAGAGGUGGGUACAGAGGUGGGUACAAAGGUGGGUACAGUGGUGGGUACAGAGGUGGGUACAGAGGUGGGUACAGAGGUGGGUACAGUGGUGGGUACAGAGGUGGGUACAGUGGUGGGUACAGUGGUGGGUACAGAGGUGGAGGUGGGUACAGAGGUGGGUACAGAGGUGGGUACAGAGGUGGGUACAGAGGUGGGUACAGUGGUGGGUACAGUGGUGGGUACAGAGGUGGGUACAGAGGUGGGUACAGUGGUGGGUACAGAGGUGGGUACAGAGGUGGGUACAGAGGUGGGUACAGUGGUGGGUACAGAGGUGGGUACAGAGGUGGGUACAGUGGUGGGUACAGAGGUGGGUACAGUGGUGGGUACAGUGGUGGGUACAGAGGUGGAGGUGGGUACAGAGGUGGGUACAGAGGUGGGUACAGAGGUGGGUACAGAGGUGGGUACAGUGGUGGGUACAGUGGUGGGUACAGAGGUGGGUACAGAGGUGGGUACAGUGGUGGGUACAGAGGUGGGUACAGAGAAUGAGCUCAAAACCACUGAGGCAGGUCUCCCAUCACAGAGGCAGGUCUCCCAUCACAGAGGCAGGUCUCCCAUCACAGAGGCAGGUCUCCCAUCACAGAGGCAGGUCUCCCAUCACAGAGGCAGGUCUCCCAUCACUGAGGCAGGUCUCCCAUCACAGAGGCAGGUCUCCCAUCACAGAGGCAGGUCGCCCAUCACUGAGGCAGGUCUCCCAUCACAGAGGCAGGUCUCCCAUCACAGAGGCAGGUCUCCCAUCACAGAGGCAGGUCUCCCAUCACUGAGGCAGGUCUACCAUCACAGAGGCAGGUCUCCCAUCACAGAGGCAGGUCUCCCAUCACAGAGGCAGGUCCCCCAUCACAGAGGCAGGUGUCCCAUCACAGAGGCAGGUCUCCCAUCACAGCAGCAGAGUCAGCCUCAGUUCUGCUUCGCUGCUGCAGGAUGCGGAUGUGAAGCGGAUGUGGAGUUGGCGAAAGCUGAUCAAUAA